ACAGUGUUGCACUGUGUAUAUAUACGUGUGCGUGGUAGCGCGCGCGUGUGUACAUGGCUACAGACAGAAGGGACUGACCGGGUGAACGGUGCUUCAACUACUCAGCGACAAAUAUCCAGUGUCUCAGGGCGCUAAUUCACAAAAUGGAGCAAGAGUUCGAGUCGAUCGAUCUAUCCGGGAAAUGGCAAAACAUUUACAACGAAAUCCGAAACCAAGCCAGUGAAUAUCCUUACAAAGUAGCAAAGCUUCCGGCCAAUAGGAAUUUAAACCGCUACAGAGAUGUCAGUCCAUAUGAUCACAGUCGGGUAAAACUUGAAAACUCUGACAAUGACUACAUCAAUGCAAGCUUAGUCGAGAUGGAAGAAGCCCAAAGAGCCUACAUACUUUCUCAGGGGCCUUUAAGAAAUACUUGUGGUCAUUUCUGGCUGAUGAUUUGGGAGCAGUGCACCAAAGCUGUGAUUAUGCUGAACAGAGUCAUUGAAAAGGGAUCUGAAAAGUGUGCACAGUACUGGCCAACCCCAGAAGAACUCGAGAUGUCUUUCACAGAUACAGGGUUUGUUGUGCGGCUCCUCUCAGAAGAGGACCAAUCUUAUUACACCAUCCGGUUGCUGGAACUGCAAAACAAAAAGACCGGGGAGUCGAGAGAAAUUUACCACUUUCAUUACACCACGUGGCCUGAUUUCGGUGUGCCAGAGUCUCCUGCCUCUUUUCUGAACUUCCUCUUUAAAGUUCGUGAGUCCGGGUCACUGGGCCCUAACCACGGUCCCUCUGUGGUCCACUGCAGUGCUGGGAUUGGACGGUCGGGCACCUUUGCCUUGGUGGACACCUGCUUGGUCCUGAUGGAACGCAGGACGAACCCAACAUCCGUGGACAUACAGAAAGUGCUUCUCGAUAUGAGAGAAUACCGCAUGGGCUUGAUCCAGACGCCCGAUCAGUUGCGUUUCUCCUACAUGGCUGUGAUAGAGGGGGCCAGAUCAACUUUGGGCUCCAGUCUAGCACAGAGCAGCAAGCAGUUAUCGGAAGAUGAUGAGGUGCCAUGUGUGGCUCCUCCUCCACCUCCUCCCAGACCAAACCUCAAUAGCAGCCGACCAAAUGGUCAGCCAGGAUCCAGACCAGAGUCGAUGCCGGUGCUCGAGGACCACCUACCAUCUGAGGAGUCUUGUAGCUCUGUGCCUAAUGAGAUGGAAAGUUCUGGUGCCAGGAAGCGAUUUCGCGAGGAGCGCAUUGCUAGCACCUCACAGAAGGUCCAGCAGAUGAAACGGAGACUGGUGGAGUCGGAGAGGAAACGUGACAACUGGCAGUACUGGAGGCCAAUCCUGCUCAACGUCAGUGCCGGCGCGGCUGUGGCCGCUGGCCUGCUGGUCUUUUGGAUGUACUCAAACUGACUUUUACUUUGCACCAGUACCUGGGAUUAGGUACUACUCCAAGUAGAUUUAGUGGUAAUGUUUGCAUAACUGAGGGUAUUUAUUUCUUAUGGAAGAAGAAGCGUGAGCGCUAGAUCAAACGAGCGUGUGUAUAUUUUUCAAGCAAGAUCAUAACAAAACUUGCGACAUCUCAGGAUCUUGGUGCCAGCACGAUGAUUUUCCUUUCCUUCUCAUCACGGAUGUUGAACUGUGUCAUAGUAAAUCACUAUGAAUUGCGCAGUACAAAGACAAUAUUGAUAGUUUUAUUUUUCCAUUUAUUUGUACUGAUCAGGUAUUUGUUGAUCAAAUGGACACAUUUCAAAUUUACAACUGUCCUACCAGUAGUUUUGUAGGAUGUUUCCUGGUUCACUUGUAUUUUUUUUUUUUUUUUUUUUUUCCUUUUGUGAAAUGCUCUUGCAUGCAUUCAACCCCCCCCCUCUUUCUCUCUGAACAGCUUCUUGUUCUUCCAUUCACAUUGAGCAGGGCAUCCCAAAAUGGACAUAUAUAUAUAUUUUUAUGUGACUGGAUAUGACAACUGCCUUGCUGGUGUUUUCUGCUAGAAUGCUAAUCCUUUUUGUUUUCCAUGCCUCAUUUUUAGGGUCUCAUCCCAUGGAUAAUGUCAUUCAACUCAGUGAUAUUUACCCACUGGAUGGGUUUUUAUGUGUGUGUGUGUGUGUGUUGGCCCUCUGUUGCCCCAAAACCAAAGCAAGUGUGCCCGUUUAAGGAAAGGAAACGAGUCCUUGUCGUAGUUCAAUGCUAGAAUGUAUUUUCUGUUGGAUCCCUGGGAUCUGAAACCUCUGAAUUCCUGGCCCCAGAGUUCAGUGGAAGCUUUAUUGGUGUGCAGAGCUGUAACAGUUGGCGCUGGGAUGAAAAUAUUCAGAGUGAUGGCAAACAAUUUGACCUAUUUGAUUGCUGUUGGUUUUUAAUGUGCCUUGAACUAAGUUAAAUUCAGAGAUUAGCAAGUGUGUGCUAUACUGGAAAGUGUACACGUUCCUUUUCCAUAAAAUGCUGUAGCUAACGUCACUGACUGGUUUGUCAUAUUUGAUGUGCUGCAAUAGACUAAUGGACCCUUUAAACAGCAAUUUGUCUUAAUUUGACCAUUCCCACUAUAGCUCAUGGUAUUUUCCUCAGUUCCCCAAUAAACCAGGAAAGAUGAUCUGUGACAUUCCAUAAAUUCAUAGCUCCUAAACCCAGUUUGGUCAUCUGCUGUUCUGCCAUGUCGUGGCGAUGUUAAACAUUGGGAUUACAUAGCAAAACGUGACAAACUUCAUGAAUAAUAAAUGAUUCCACCCUUUUUAAAAGUAUUUUUUCUUUGUGGUG